AUGUCGUCAACACAGGGUCAAACUCAACCACCACUGGACUAUUCGGAUUCUGGCCCUGGUAUUCUAAUCGGUUGUUACGUACUUGCGCUCGUCACGACUAUCGUAGUCGCAUUACGGUUUUGGGCAAAAAGAUUGACGUCCUCUCCCCUGGGACUUGACGACUACUUGAUCCUAUCCUGCCUCCUUGUCCACCAUAUCUUUAUGGUAUUUGGUACGAUAGCUGUAAUACAAGGGGGAUUGGGACGGGACAUUAGAAUCGUUGCUCGGGAUCCAAACGCCGUUGUAAUUCUCUUCAAGUUUCUUUUCAUGGCUGAAGUCACUUAUGGAUUCAGCUGCACUUUGGUGAAAUUAAGCGUCCUUGCUUUCUACCUACGAGUUUUCCCCACCCGAACAAUACGCCUAACGUCCGCAGUACUUGUCGUUGCGAGUAUUUCUUGGACUAUUGCCGUACAGGUAGUUCAUGUGAUACAAUGUCGGCCUCUCAAAGCGUUCUGGUACCAAGACCUCCAACUGCUUCCAGAAACAAGAUGCAUAAAUAUAAUACUCUUCUUGCUGGGCAACUCGAUAGCGAACUGCGUCAUUGACCUCUGUACUAUAGUCAUGCCGGUUCAGGAAGUAUUAAAACUACAGAUGUCGAGGUCAAGAAAAAUCAGCGUAUGUGCUAUCUUUCUACUUGGCGGCACAGCCUUUGCAGCAAGCAUGACUCGCACCCUCUCUACUGCAAGGAUGCAUAGGGAGGGUACAUACAACUUUACUAAGCAAUUCGUCGCGCCUGGCCUUGCUUCGGCUGUGGAAGUCUAUGCGGCCAUCGUCGGUGCAUGUCUGCCAACACUAAUACCAAUUUACCGUAAGCUACGUUACGGCCAUCCUAAUACCCCCAAAGAUCGAUUCCUGACCCCAUUUGGUAGUGGGGUCGAAGGAUUUUCAGAAAAACUUAACAACGAGGAAGAUAUUACGUUUAACCCUUACCGCGGUAGUUGCCAGGUUAGCAUCAGUGGCCAGGGCAAACGGUUCUCUCUUCCUCCUGAUUCUUUAGAACAUCCUCUCCAAGGGAUUGUCGUGAAGCAAGAUGUGACCUGGUCGGAGAACGUAAUACCUGCAGUUUAG